ACACACACACACACACACACACACACACACACACACACACACACACACACACACACACCCCACGUCCUCUGAGAACUCAGCUGGCUGCGACCGCGCACACCCCGCCCCGGCGCGCGUCCCAGGCUGGUGGAGCGCAGAUCCAGGUCCCCAUAGCGGCCGGGUGUUCCCGAGUCUCAGGUGGCGCGGAAGGGAGAACCCACGCUUGACAACUCGUCUGCGCUCGCCCAGACCUUCCGCCCUCGGACCGGCCGGUGAGCGGAGCUGAGCGGGCGCGGCUGCCACCCAGAGCCCACCUGCCGACCCUCGCGUCGCGGCCCCGCGCCAGCUGUGCCCGGCUCCCGGCGCCCGCUCCGCAGCUGGAGCGCCACCCCGGCUCUACUACAGUCCCUUUCGUCUCCGGAGUGUCCCGGGCGACGGCGACCCGAAGUAGCGCGGCACGACAGCGGGACUUGACUAUGGCUGGGGCGCGCGGGCUGCUGUGUCUGUGGCUAGGUUGUUUCUGCCUGAACCUGGCACAGGGACAGAGACCAAACUUGCACCUCCCGGGACUCCGCGGGACUGAGUCAAGCGACCGCAUGACAGGUGGUGGCCCGAGCCCGGACCUGAGGCCUCACGACAAGGUGUCAGAGCAUAUGCUGUGGCUCUAUGACAGGUACAGCGGCAGCAACAGAGCCCAGGCUACCGGGACACCGGGCUCGCAGCUCCCGGGUCCCCAGCCCCUGCGUGGCGGUAACACGGUUCGUAGCUUCAGAGCCGCAGCCCCAGGAACUCUUCAAAGAAAGGGCUUGCACACUUUUAAUCUGACUUCUCUAACCAAGUCUGAGAACAUUUUGUCAGCCACACUGUAUUUCUACAUUGGAGAGUUGGUGAACACCAGUGUGAACUGUCCAGAAUCCCAAGGAUGUUCCCAUCACAGCCAGAGACAACACAUCCAGAUAGACCUCUCUGCAUGGACCCUCAAAGCCAACCAAAGCCAGCUCUUGGGUCAUCUGUCAGUAGAUACGGCCAAACCUUAUAGAGACAGCAUGUCUUGGCUGUCCAAAGACAUCACUCAGCUCUUACGGAAGGCCAAGCAAGACGAGGAGUUCCUCAUAGGAUUUAACAUUACCUCCAGAGCACACGAGCUUCCCAAGAGGAUGCUGCUUUCCCCGGAGCCUUAUAUCUUGGUGUAUGCCAACGAUGCCGCCAUUUCUGAGCCGGAAAGCGUGGUAUCUAGCCUACAGAGACACCGAGAUUUCACAGCAGGAACUGUGCCCAGACUUGAUAGCCACGUCAGAGAAGCCCUCUCUGUUGAGAGGAGGAAGAAGCGCUCUACUGGGAUCUUGUUGCCAUUGCAGAACAACGAGCUCCCUGGGGCGGAGUAUCAGUACAAGGAGGGUGGAGUGUGGGAGGAGAGAAAGCCUUACAAGAGCCUUCAGACUCAGCCCCCUGAAAAGAGCCGGAGCAAAAAGAAACAGAGGAAAGGGCCUCAUCAAAAGGGACAAACACUGCAGUUUGAUGAGCAGACCCUGAAGAAGGCGAGGCGAAAGCAGUGGAUCGAGCCUCGGAACUGUGCCCGCAGGUACCUUAAAGUGGACUUUGCCGAUAUUGGCUGGAGCGAAUGGAUUAUCUCCCCCAAGUCAUUUGAUGCCUACUAUUGCUCCGGAGCCUGCCAGUUCCCCAUGCCAAAGUCUUUGAAGCCAUCAAAUCACGCGACCAUCCAGAGCAUAGUGAGAGCCGUGGGGGUCGUCUCUGGGAUUCCUGAGCCCUGCUGUGUUCCGGAGAAGAUGUCCUCACUCAGCAUCUUGUUCUUUGACGAGAACAAGAAUGUGGUCCUCAAAGUCUAUCCCAACAUGACAGUAGACUCUUGUGCUUGUAGAUAACCUAGCAGAGAACACACUCAGACGCUCCAUUCAAUCAUUAAUUGGGUUUUAUGGACUUUUAUUUUUGUCUUUUGCACUGCCAAUGCAUUUUGUCCCAAAAGAUGUUUUAUAGCAGAAAGAAAAUGAACAAAGAGAUCGAAGAUUUCCACCAAACAAAGCCGGACUGUCUUUUUUUUUUUUCCUUCGAAUGUAACUAAAAGUAAGAUGUUGGUAAAUGUGGACGUCUAUUUUGUUUUUUCUUAAUCACAUAACAAAAAUCGUUACUCAAACUGUUUUUAGAAGUGUUAGAGAACACGUCGACUUAUUUUUGUAUUGGGCUUUAAGACUAGGCGGGAAGGGACAGCAAUAACUUAUCAUUUGCCCUACUCACAUAAAGACUAAAGGGAAGCAGAUAGAAUUCUUGGGAUGCUUUCAUUAGGUUUCUUGCCUUAGGCUCCUGAGAAGCCAGCAACUGCUAAAUGCCCACCUGACUUUGGUGUUCAAG